AUGGAAGCUAAAGUUGAAGUGGUCGAAAAUGAUGUAAAUAAGCAAUUGUUUUCGAAAGAGUUUAAGGGAGAAGCCAGUGUAAAAGGCUCAGAUUAUGCAAUUAACCAAAUGUUAUACAUUUUGGGAGGAUACGCCUUGGCGCCAACGCCGCUACCCAGUGAUCUCAUAUCAUUGUGGGCGGACCCAGAAGUAGAUAAAUCGCAACCAUGUGAAUAUUGUUCAUACGAGAGGUCUAAAAUCGCAUUUCCAAACGUUAAAGUUGAUUUAAAGAGGAGAGUUAUAAAAUUCAUUUCACUGAAGAGAGCCUGCGGUCGAUGCUACAAUAUAAUAAGCAUUAAAAGGCUCCUAAGCAAAAUUGUGGAAGCAUUUAGAAACAAGAAGGAUCAAUUUAACACUAUAUAUAAGCAUUUUUUGAAAGUAAAUGGACUGAAUGAGUCGGAAAAAAGUGAAAGUGACAAGUCAACCAGUGAUGUCGAGGGAGAUAAAAAUUUAAUUUUUCAAGAUUUGGUAUCGAUGGCAUAUAGCUUAAACCAAGUAAUGAGAAUGAGAAAGAGUAGCAGAAUAGGAUUUAUACUGAAGAGAGUAAAACUGGUAGAUUACGGCCACUUUAAGGGAACAGAGUUCACACUAGAUAAGAGGGGUGGUUCAAGUGAUGUUGGCUUAGAUGAGUCGGACGAUUCAAGGAGUGUGGAUGCAUUAAGAGGCAGUAGGAUUUAUUUUGACGUUGGUGGCGGAGUUAACAGGAUUGUGUCGAAUUUAAGCAUGAAUUUCACAAGAAGAGUUCCAUCAAUAAUGAAAGAGGUGAUAGAAAGGUCAAUAGAAGGUAACGUGGAAAGGAUAUCACUGAAAGAUAUGUUGGACUUGAUAGUGUCACUGAGAAUGUGUAACAGUUUAUCGGAACGAGUGGCGAGUAAAUGUAUUGAAAGAAUAAACAAGGAGAUAAAGAACACUGAAAAGAGUAAAAACGAUGAUACCUACAUCAAAAUACUGGAUAUAGCAUUGGAAUUGGCGGAACAUGAGAUAGUAGAUGUCGGCAGUCAUCAGAAAAAAAGAAAGGAUGGCACUAUUAAGGGUAACAUGGUUGGUGAGAAUAGCAUCGAUGAUAAUGUAAUCGCUGAUAGUAAGUGUAACCCUGACGGAGGAAAGAAAGAAAAUGGAAAGGUGGAGAAAGCUAGUAUGAUAAAUGUUACGAAGUUUGUGUGUGACAAUAUGAAAGUGAUUGGCGGAACGAGUGAAAGUAAGCUGUUUAGAUUAAUACGGAUGUUUCAUGCAAUACUUAUGGAAGGAAGAUUGAAAGAAGGGGAUGAAAUGAGAUUGGCUUUUGAUGGACUGUAUGGGCGAUAUUUGAGAGAGUUGACGAGUUUAGUAUUGGAAUCGAGCAUAUUCAGUAGUUUGAUGGGUGGUCCAGUUGAUAAUGGGAAUGUUGCAAGUCAAAGUGUAAUCAAGUCGCUAAACGACUGCAAUAGAGUUAUAGACAUAUUAAAACUGAAUGCCAUGAAUAGUAGGUAUCAGAAGUGCCUGAGAGGUCAUGUGAUUGAUGAAAGUAGCGAUCAUGUAAGUGGUCGCGUAACUAGGUAUGUCGAUAGCGCCAAUAUUCGAAACAAAAAUAACGCUAAAGAUGACAAGAAGGAUCUGAUGCCAAUGGCGCAACUGAGAAAGUGUGUAAUUGGUGAUAUGUACAGUGUUAUAGUGGAGAACAUAAGUAAAUUUACAAGUGGAAACAUAGUUGACCUAAUAAAAACAGUAAGAAUACUGGGAGACCCAUAUCCAAAGGAACUGGUUAACGGCGUAGUAAACGUAUACGUUAAGCACAUAGCACAGUAUAGCAUCAAUAACAUGAUAGCACUGCUGGAGGAGCUGAAGCUGAUGAACCUUAGGAGUGAAAAGGCCAUGUUGAAUACAGUAGUGUCUCUGCCGAGGAAAGCGUCGACAAUUGACUCGUUCGAACACAUCAUAAGGCUAAUGCAAGCAUACGAGGGGUACGAGAGCGAGUACCUGAACAUGUUUGUGCAACAGCAGAUACAGCAAAUAUACUACAAAAUUAACCCAAAGUACUUUCAAAAGGUGACGUACCCAGUAUCUAAAGUAGAUGAGCUAUGCACAGAUAGGCGUUGA